AUGGAUUCGAAGCUCACCAAAAUCGCUUGUCAGCAUCUCCAGAUCUUUGUGGACAUCUGUGACCAUACCCUCAAGCUGCGCUCAAAGUGGAGCAAGUUUGCUGCUUCCAUGAAGCAGAUGUUCCUCAAUGACGAUGGCGUGCAGGAGCUACUAGGUGCCAUGAAGAACCUGGUGGAAAAGGAGCAUGGGCUCGUGUCUGCACAGACUUGGAAAUCAAGCAACGAAGCCGCCGCCAACUCUAAGGACGGAUUGAAUUUGACCAGGAACAUGCAUACCAGCCUGGUUGACGAUAGGAAGCAGAAGCAGCAUGAGAGAGAUAUAAACAGUUGGAAACUCAUCAUUGUCAACGCACUGGACUUGGACCGUACCAUCAUCGAACCUGGUCGUGAACCAUGGGAUAAGAUGUGGAAACGACACAAAGGCAACAUCCUCGAGGGCACCGGUGAGUGGCUUUUCCAAGACUCUCGCUUUACUCGUUGGAUUUCGGGCUCUGAAGAUUCGAAACGUAUCCUGGCUCUGGGGGGCGAAGAAGGGGCUGGAAAGACACCCCUUGCAUCUAAUGUCGUCGUUCAUCUUCGCAAGAUGAAGGGGUCGGGAAAAAGAGUUGUCACUGCACAUAACUUUCUUGACAUUGAUACCAAAUCCACAACAGACGCCAACGAUGCCAACAUUAUCUCCAGAUACGUCAUGUGUCAACUCGCCUUAGCCGAAGAUCCCGUCAUGAAGAGCGUCGCAGGCAUUUGUGAGAAGUCCCAGUCCUUUAGCAGCGCGUUGGACAUGUGGACACAGCUUCUCCUCGAGAACGAAGACCUGCUAGCUAUGGAUGUGACAUUCUAUAUCGUACUCGAUGGGCUAGGUGCCAACGCUGAGGUACUGAUCAGCUUCUUACAACGAUUCUCCGACAAUCCGAUCAUUCAGAGAGCUCGGAUACUUCUGACAGGAAACAAAGAGCUCUUUGACGCCAUUAAUUUGGCCGGUGGUGUUAAGAUGGACAAGAUUGUUCUCGGCGAUGCAAACAGCAAGGACCUUGUCUUGUACAUCAACAGGCGGAUGGACAAUUCUCUCAUCACUACAGUCUUCUACGAGGGGAGAAACUACAAGAUCGAGCGAGUCCAUGACAAUAUCUCCAAAACGGACGAUGUCGAAGAGAUUGAUGCUCUACUGGAAUCAGCUGGCAAUGUACGGCCUGACCAGAUCGAGUCUGAUAUCGAGAAGCUAAACCAACAGCGCACGCCAAAGGAGAUCGCAGAGAUUAAUGAGAUGAUUCUUUGGGUCAACGAUGCACGAAUUUGGUUCUCACCAGCCCAGAUCGAAGCAGCACUCGCCCUCAAAGCUGGCCCCAAAGCAAGCACCUCGCUCAUGUCAAUCGAAGCCAAGAUUGCGUCAAAGUACACCAUCUUUACAACCGAUUCCGGUUUUGUGCAGUACAAACUUGGUGCUAUACAAGAAAGGAUUCCGCUCAAGAAACGAGAUGUCGAGGACAGUGAAAGUUCCAGUGGGUUCAAGGAUAUACAACCUGCCGAGGUUAAUAUCAUCAAGCACUACCUCACAACUAUCUGUCCAAGCGACCUAUACCAGAAGUUUGGAUUUGAUGAUUUCUUCGAUUUGAAGAUGGCUCGUAAAGGUAACUAUAUCUGUCAAGACCCAGACAACUCCCAAGCUUCUAUGGUAUUGCGCUGUAUAAGCUGCCUUACCGAUCAGCGCAACGAAAAGACCGAGCGUCUUUUGGACUAUGCCUGUGACAACCUCCACGUUCAUCUGAAGGAGACCGACCUAUCUCUGACAGACCGUUCUCUCAAGGCUCAAGUUGGCGAUACCUUGCUCAGACUCUUUACGGAGCAGUAUGCUCUCGACUUCUUGUUUGGCUUUCACUUGCUUCACGAGGAUGCCGAUGAAGUGCAAUUCUCCAAGGAUCAUCUUCCUGCGAGUUGGAAAACAUGGAUUUUAUCGGAUCAAGGAGUCAACUCACUUACUAAAUGGCUCAAGGACUCUGCUGUCAUCGAGAAUGUCAAGAGCACGGCAUUGGUAGCUUCGUUUAACGCACCUGAUGCCAAUCGCCACUUGGCUCUUUUCGGCUCGUCUGCAAAGUUAGCGGCUGAAGACUUGUUUACAAAGGACACAACUCAGCGGGAGGCUAUUCGGGCCUAUAUACUCCUUGAUACGAUUCUCAACAAGGACAAAUCCCCCACUGAUAAAAGUGAGCAAGUAAAUGAUGGCGAUCAAUCAACAGAGACAGCCCCAGGAGAUGACAAGGAGAAGAAGACAGAAGAUGGUGAAGACGUAGAUUCCGUUCAUAGCCCGGCAUCAGCAGAUAUCCACUGGCUGGAAGAUUGGGCACAAGAGAUGCUCAAAUUCCAGGAGAAAGGCUCAACAUGGGAGGCCCAAGCAUCACUACUUCUCUCUUAUGUGGCAGGUGAGAAGAUUCCCAAGUCACUUGCAGAAGAGAGAGCACGAAAGGCAUUGGAGAUGAAUCCAGAAAGUUGGGUCGCCUCCUACGCACUGCCCCGAGUCAUCGAAUCGAAGGAGGAGUCUCUCAGUCACUUUGAGACGGUGCUUGAUAAGCUCGUGAAGGACACGGAAUGGCAAAACGAGCGAGGCCACAAAGGAAUCUUACCACGAGUCAUCUACAGUCUUGGAGACAAGUACUGGGAAGAUGGGGAACGACAGGAGGAGGCUAUCGCGACAUACUCCAAGGUCUUUGACCUUGGUAGGUCCAUCCAUCUUUUCAGUAGCUUCUCGGAUGUUCUCCAAAAGUACUCGAUGGCUUGCUGCUGGGAACCCAUGAUCACUUUCUUUGAACGACUGCUCGACGAGCCUCAGGACGGCCCCAACGCAGCAGGAGAGUUCCUGAUGGAUAGACUUCUGGAACCCGGGGAGGCAUUCCUUUCGCUGCUCGUAAAGCUUUUUGAAACAUUCGCAAGAUAUGAUCUUCUGGAAACACUGUUUGUUCGGGCCAUUGCAAAGGCCACUUCCAGGGGUGACCAAGACGAUCUCUUCACAAUCCGAUACUACUACGGCAAGACUCUCUUUAGUAUCAAGGACCACGUAGAAGCUGAUAUUGCGGUAUGGGAGCUCUAUAAGAGCGAGGCUACGACUGAGCUUCACGAGCGGGCUGUUAACCUCAUCGAUACCUAUAUGGUGCCCGCAUGGCUAGAGCUUGCAACUGCCAAGGAUGUCGAUCCAACAAGGGCUUAA